AUGGACCUUGACCACGCAUUGAUCACGACGUUGGUGGAGAGAUGGCGGCCGGAGACGCACUCAUUCCACUUGCCCCAUGGUGAGAUAACCAUCAUACUACAAGAUAUGGAGGUUAUAAUGGGGGUACCUGUAGAUGGCUUGUUGGUGGUGGGAUAUACCGAGAUGGUCGAUUGGGGCGAACUUUGCGGCAACUUGCUAGGGCAUAGGCCACUGAACAAAGAAGUUGGUAGUAAUAAGAACACUGCAGUGAUGGAAGGGCCGAGGGUAAAAGCCAAAUGGCUUGAGGAUUGGUUUAGCAACCCUCUCCCAGUUGACACCCCUAAGGAGCUUGUGCAACUGUAUGCUCGGUUUUACAUACUAGAGAUGUUAGGUGGUACGUUGUUUAUGGACAAGUCUGGUGAACGGAUCUCAAUUAUGUAUCUGCAAUUUUUCAAUCCAAUCAACAACGGAAAGAAUUAUAGUUGGGGUAGUGCAGCACUAAGUUGGCUCUAUAGACACCUUUGUAAGGCAUCAGAGAAGACAGCUAAGCAGAUUGGCGGUGCAUUGCUAUUGGUGCAGUUGUGGGUGUGGGCGAGGUUUCCACACAUAUUUCCUAUGAUGAGGCAUCCACACCAAGCACUGCCCCCAGGUCCACUUGCUAUCAGAUGGAAAGGGGCUAAGAUAACAACUGAACAUGCAAUGCACGUCCUACAUGCCUAUCAUGUGUCGCUUGCUUCGCUACAGCCAAAUCAGAUUGUCUAG